AUGCCAGCAAACUUCCUCUCCUACACCGCCCCGAUCAACCCUCCCUCCACCACCCCCACCCUCACCCUCUCACAAAUCUGGACCGCCCUCCGCCUCAAAAUCCGCUCCGGCGAGACAUUCGUCCCCAACGCCAUAAAAUCCACCUCCGUCGUCCGCGAAUACACCUCCACCCCGCUCUCCCUCCCCACCAUCGACCGCGAAGUCACCUUCCACGAGGGCAACCGCGUAAUGAAGGAGACCUGCGUGGAGUACUACCCCCUAAAAGUCGAGUUCCUGCAGACCGACGGCGGGCGGGUAAUGAAUAUCGUGAGUCAGGGGAGUGGGGAGCAGGGGGUGGAUUUGUUCAUGACGUACUCGUUUGAGUGGGUGUUGCCGGAGGGGGUGUCGGCGGAGGAGCAGGAGGAGAAGAGGAAAGGGCAGGAGAAGAUGGCCAAGGUGGCGGUUGAGAGUACGAUUGAGAUUAUGCGGGGUAUGGCGAGGGAGGGGAAGUUGUAA